AGCUGUGAGGCGGUGCAGUCGACGAAUCACACUGACUUGGUGAAAAAUCUCACGAAAAUAAUCAGUUCCAAUCGGUGCGAGGUCAUUUUCGAGUGGAAAACAGUGAAGUGGGCACUUUUCUGGCUUCCGGGGAAGUUCAAAGUGCUGCAGGUGGUGGUUCUGUGGUUGUUUCCGUGUAAAUUACCAUCUCCAGUGCGGGUGAAUCCGCGUGUUUUUGCGAUGGCACCAAGUUUGAGUAAACUCGCCCAGCACCAGAAUAAGGUUCUCAGCUGCUUGGGCAUCUCGGCGGCAGUCUGGAUUAUUCUCUAUGGGCAGCGAUCUAAUCGCAAUGGGAAACGAAAGCCCCGUCCGGAGGAUCAGAUUCAGUACCUCAUUGCGGAGAAGAAGGACAAGAGGACACAGAAGGCGCACGUGAAUGCCGUCUUCUUCCGGCAACUCCGUGCAUUGCUGGGAAUCAUCAUUCCACGUGCAUGGAGUGUGGAGUCUGCCCUUAUGGUGGUCGUGGGUAUGUCCCUCAUUGCACGAUCAAUCAGCGAUAUUUGGAUGAUCCAGAAUGCCACUGUGGUUGAAAGUUGCAUCAUCACGAUGAAUAGGCCGAAAUUCAAGAAGGCUCUCCUUAAAUUCUUUGCUGCCCUUCCAAUGAUUUCUGUAGUCAAUAACGUACUUAAGUGGAGUCUUGGAGAGCUGAAAUUGCGUUUUAGGACAAAUUUGUCGAAUCAUCUGUACAAUGAGUACCUCAAGGGGUUCACAUACUACAAAAUGGCAAAUUUGGACAAUAGAAUAGCAAAUGCCGAUCAACUCCUCACAACGGAUAUUGAUAAAUUCUGCGAGAGCUUCACAGAUCUCUAUUCGAACGUCAGCAAACCUGCCUUGGAUAUUAUGCUCUACGUUUACCGAUUGACGGUUAAUCUUGGGGGUCAGACCCCGUCGAUUCUUCUGGCAUACCUCCUUUUUGCUGGGAUCUUCCUCACACACCUACGUCGUCCCACUGGGCGACUCACGGUGAUGGAGCAAAAGCUCGAAGGGGAAUUCCGUUACGUUAAUAGUCGUCUGAUUACAAAUUCCGAGGAGAUUGCCUUCUAUCAGGGCAAUAACAGGGAGAAGCUGACAAUCCUUGCGAGUUUCUCCAAAUUGAUGACCCAUCUGCGGAAGUUCUUGGAUUUCAGGGUCAGCAUGGGCAUCAUUGAUAACAUUGUGGGGAAGUAUAUAGCCACAAUUGUGGGUUUCUACGCCGUUUCCAUUCCCUUCUUCUCCAAGGAUCAUCCACUCCUCACCGGAGGGCAGGAAGGUGAUCGAUUAAGGAAAUACUACACCUUUGGACGGAUGCUGGUUAAAUUGGCAGAAGCCAUUGGACGCUUGGUGCUUGCAGGAAGGGAAUUAUCUCGCCUAGCAGGCUUCACGCAGCGCAUGACGGAGCUGAAGAGUGUCCUGGGUGAGCUGAAUCAAGGCAAGUACGAACGUACGAUGGUCAGCAAUUCCAGUAGUGCAGAUGGUGAGAUUGGCGUUGGACGAGGCAUCAUUGCAUUCCAGGAUAAUUUAAUUCGCUUCGAUCAAGUGCCUCUGGUUACGCCCAAUGGGGAUAUUCUCGUCAAGGAGCUAACCUUUGAAGUGAAAUCGGGAAUGAAUGUUUUGGUUUGUGGACCCAAUGGAUGCGGGAAAUCCAGCUUAUUCAGAGUUCUAGGAGAACUUUGGCCAAUGUGGGGUGGAAAAAUGACUAAACCUCCACGUGGGAAACUUUUCUACAUUCCCCAGAGACCGUACAUGACACUAGGAACUCUACGUGAUCAGAUUAUCUAUCCGCACACGCACGAUGAGAUGCUGCGACGUGGUCGCUCUGACGAGGACCUCCUGAGCUAUCUGGAUCUAGUGCAGCUAUCCUACCUGCAGGUUCGUGAGAAGGGCUUGGAUGCAAUUGAGGAUUGGAUAGAUGUACUGUCGGGUGGGGAGAAGCAGCGUAUCGCCAUGGCGCGUCUCUUCUACCAUAGUCCACAAUUUGCCAUUCUCGAUGAGUGCACCAGCGCCGUAUCCGUUGACGUUGAGGGUAGCAUGUACCAGUACUGCCGGAAGGUGGGCAUUACGCUCUUCACGGUGUCCCACAGGAAGUCCCUGUGGAAGCAUCACGAAUACUAUUUGCAAUUUGAUGGCCGUGGCUCGUAUGAGUAUGCUCCAAUUGAUAGCAGUACCCAGGAAUUUGGCUCUUAGUGCGUCUCCCUGCGAGGGGCGUCCUUUUCCUAAUUAGGCAAAAUGUUCUUGCGUUUUUUUUUAUCUUGUAACUUUUUUCCAAUAUUUCGGUGAAUGGAGUGUGUGGUUUCACGUAUAAAUAGCGGCGUUGCGGCGUUUAGUGAAUUAAUUUAUUAAUUCCACAUCUAUAGUGCACAAAUUUGGUGUAAAUAAAUAUUGAUUUUAUUUUGUAAAUUAAAUUAUUUUGCCAAGCACA